UACUGUACAAUAUAAACAAUACAAUAGUGAUGUAGAUGGAUUACAGGCCAAUUAUCUAAUCUUUUAUGCUGUAAUAUACAAAGUAAAAACCGACAGAGAUCAAAGUAGUCAGGUAUUGAGAUAGUGGUGUUAAAGAUUAAACAAUUCUUAAUUAAGCGUACAUAGUAGAACAACCUAACUACUUAUAAGUGAAUCAUAUGAAAUCUUAAAACGUAAAUGGUAGAAUAUAUGAAUUAAAAUAUAUUAACCUAUAUGCCUAUAAAUAGGAUUAUACAAUGUACAGAUAAAGAUAUUUACAUAAAAACAGACAUAUAAAAAUGGGAUAAAAGAGGUCUUAAAAUUCCAAGCAAAAAGGCAUAAAAGCAAUAAUGAUGUGUGUGGUGUUUCUUUUUCUGAUACAGAUUUAAGGUUCAAUGUAAUUUUGGUUUCUCCUCCUGUAGCACCUUGAGCGCUACUGCAUUAGAUACAGUAUGUGCGCUUUAUGAGUCUUAUAAUUAUUCAUUAUUAUUAUUUUAUGCUGCACAAUUCAGUGCACUCUUUGGAAAAAGUGAUUACCUUUUGGUGUCACCACUAUAAGGACCCUGCACAAUCAAUUUAGACAAGACUGUAAUGAUUAAUUAUAUUGGCCAUUAUUGUUGUUGUUAUUACUGUAUUGGUAUUAUAAUCAUUGUUUUAAUAUUAUUAAUACAGUUACAGUAAGUGAUCAUUCAGAAUAAUAAUUAUACAUUACACUGGCCCAGCCCCACUUAAAUUUUUCGAUUUAAGGGGGACUGGGCCCUCCCUUCAAAUUUGAAGAAAAAAAGGAAAUUUUCAAAUUUUAAGUCUGAGAGUUUCAUUUCCAGCUAUCUAGGUGCCAUAAUUGUAAAUUUUCCUAUUUUAUCUCCAGCAUGGUGGGGCUGAGGUGGUGUAGACCCUCUGUCUUUCCUGGGCCCCUCUAUUUCAAAAUUUCUAGAUCUGCCAUUGCAUUAUUUCUUCUCAGUUUAUACAGUAAUUAGUUUUCAUGUGUUCUGACAUUGAUUAUCAUUUUGUAGGUGUUGCUGGACAAACACCACUACAUUGCUGUCUACGUGCUCAGGGUACUUAUGAUGCCCAGCGAGAAACAGCACUGUGCUUGAUAAGAUUUGGCGCCUCGGUCUACAAGAAAGAUAGAGACGGGAGUACCCCUCUUGAUUAUUAUGAUCGUAAUGAAUGUAGUCAAUACGAAGUAUCAACAAAGAAGGAAAAGAAAGAUGAACUUAAAAAAUUGCUUAUAAAGCUAUCAGUUCCAGGAGAAAUAUUAGCGAGAGGUCCUGAAGCCAUUAAAGCAUUCACAUAUGAAGUCCAGAAUGGGGAAAUUACGAUGGUUAAUUCUAGAGUCAUGUUCCUUGGCAAAGAAGGGGUAGGCAAGACGAGUUGUGUCCGUUCCAUGCUUGGCAAAGU